UUGAAUUGAAUUAAAGAGGCGAGAAGAAAGGUGCAGAGGGUAGUUUACAUGGAAUGAGUAGAAGACGAGAGUGAGUGAGUGAGCAAAGGAGGGAGAAAAUGAGCACCGUUGAUAAAAUGCUGAUCAAGGGCAUCCGGAGUUUCGACCCGGAGAACAAGAACGUCAUCACCUUCUUCAAGCCCUUAACCCUAAUCGUUGGUCCCAACGGUGCCGGCAAGACCACCAUCAUCGAGUGUUUGAAGCUUUCUUGCUCCGGCGAGUUGCCUCCUAACGCCAGGUCUGGCCACAGUUUCAUCCACGACCCCAAGGUCGCCGGGGAAACCGAAACCAAGGGACAGAUUAAGCUCCGAUUCAAGACGGCCGCGGGUAAAGACGUGGUCUGCGUCAGGUCCUUUCAGCUUACGCAAAAGGCCUCUAAAAUGGAAUACAAGGCUAUUGAGAGUGUGCUUCAGACCAUUAAUCCUCACACGGGAGAGAAAGUUUGCCUCAGCUAUCGAUGCGCUGACAUGGAUAGAGAGAUUCCUGCGCUCAUGGGUGUUUCCAAGGCCAUUCUCGAAAACGUUAUAUUCGUUCACCAAGAUGAAGCCAACUGGCCUCUACAGGAUCCUUCCACCUUAAAGAAGAAGUUUGACGACAUCUUUUCCGCAACUCGAUACACCAAGGCAUUGGAAGUUAUAAAGAAACUUCACAAGGAGCAGGCUCAAGAGAUAAAGACUUACAAGCUUAUAAGGCGUGUAAAAUCAAGGCUGGCAGAUCUUGAGAAAGAUCUUGAUGAGAAAAAGAAAGCAAAUGACAACGAACUUGAGAUGGCAUGGGAUUGCUACAUGGAUGCUAAUGACCGUUGGAAAGAUAUUGAGGCUAAAAUAAAGGCCAUGCAAGGGAUCAAGGAUGGCAUUCUGAAGCGCAUUGAAGAGAAGAAAAACGAGCUCGAUUCAUCUGAACAUCAAAUGACUAAUGUGAACUUAUCUCACAUAGAUGAAAGAGAAAGACAUUUGAAAAAGGAGAUUGAGAGGAAGGAAAGUCAACUAUCUCAAAGACAAUUUGAAUCCAUUAUACCUCAAAUGCAAAAUGAGAUAUUUAGUGUAGAUCAAAAGAUUAGGGCUGUCAAUUCAGAGAAGGAUAUCAUGACUGCUGAUUCAGCGGACAGAGUUAUGCUAUCUCAUAAGAAAGCAGAGUUGGAAAAUCGAAAAAAGAAACAUAAGAAAAUGUUUGAUGACCUAAAGGACAAAAUUAGAAAGGUGCUGAAAGGGAGGGUUCCUCUUGAUAAGGAUGUGAAAAAGGAAAUUACUCAAGCAUUAAGGGCUGUUGGAGCGGAAUUUGAUGAUAUGAAUGCAAAGUACCGCGAUGCUGAGAAGGAAGUCAAUAUGUUGCAAAUAAAAAUACAAGAAGUUAAUGGUAACCUAUCCAAACACCGCAAGGAUUUGGAAUCAAGAAAGAGAUUUAUUGAUUCGAAGCUUCAGUCUUUGGAUCAGCAAUGUUCUGGACUUGAUUCUUAUCUCAAAGUUUUAGAGUCUUCCAAGGACUUGUACAAAGAAGCAAAUAUAAUAUUGCUGAUGGUAUGAGGCAGAUGUUUGAUCCUUUUGAAAGGGUUGCCAGAGCUCAUCAUGUUUGCCCUUGCUGUGAGCGGCCCUUCUCUCCAGAAGAAGACAAUUUUGUCAAGAAG